AUGAGCAACAUAUACAUCACCGAACCAGCGACGAACGGAAAGGUCAUCCUCACCACUACAGUUGGUGAUAUUGAAGUCGAACUGUGGUCCAAGGAGACACCACUGGCAUGCAGAAAUUUCGUGCAGUUGUGCAUGGAAGGCUACUACGAUGACACAACCUUCCAUAGGCUAGUAAAGGGCUUUAUAGUUCAAGGUGGUGAUCCCACUGGCACGGGAGAUGGUGGUGAAAGCGUCUACGAUGGUCCUUUUAAAACAGAAAGUCACUCCCGUUUGUCUUUCAAUCGUCGGGGUCUUAUGGGAAUGGCUUGCCCCGAACCAAACUGCAAUGGAAGCCAGUUUUUCUUCACUCUCGGAGAAGCUCUUGAAUUAAAUGGAAAACACACUCUUUUUGGCCGUGUGGUUGGGAAUACUCUCUUUAAUAUGCUGCGACUAUCAGAAGUGGACGUCGUAAACGGCGACCAGCCUAUUCGAUUGCAUCGAAUUUUAAAAACUACAGUUAUCUUAAACCCCUACGAUGACAUCGUUCCCCGCCAAAUUAAGCCCAAGAAAAAAACAGAAAGUAAUGGGAAGGUUCAACCAACUGCGAAGGCUACCAAGAAUUUCUGCCUUUUGUCAUUUGGUAGCGAGGCAGAGGAAGAAGAGGAGAUCUCUUCCAAAGUUGAAGAGAAAUUCCGCUCUCGUGGAAAGAGUGCUCAUGACCUCGUGAGCGAUGAAAGUCUCUCCAAGGAGACUGUAAAAAUUACUGAGGAGGACGCUGAAAUCACCGCUAAGGCCUCUGCUAUUUUGGAAGCUGAAGCGGAGGCUCGCAGGCGGCGGCGCGAGUUGGCUUCUCGUUUUGAAACCGAGGAGGAAUUGAGACAAAAGCAGAAAAGAAUGGAGGAGCUACGUGCAGAAGCAGACGCGGUACGUCGUGACAUCGCGCGCACCAUGCGAUCGGCGAAAGAGCGCGCUGCGGCCGCGGAGGCCACCCGACAGGCAGCGGAGACGCGAGCGCAGCGCGAGGAGGAGGAGUUGCGGCGCGCUGAAGCCUGGGAAGCCGAGCAGCGCGAAAAGGCCGCUGCAGGCCUCAUUAAAGCUACGGCACAACCAAUGGUCGAAAACUUUGAUGAUGAGGUCGCCAGCUAUCGGUUGAGGGCAAAGAAGAAUAAAGAGCGCAAAGAUAGAGAGGGUCAAACCAUGAAUCGCCUAAGUCGUUUUCAAUCACGACUCUUAAGCGCCCUGAAAAAGUCCAAAAACGACUGCGCCGACAACGACAAUGGGGACAGUGACGAAGGCAAAACUCAACCUGCUGAUCCAACUGCUUGGUUGUGUUGCAAAUUGAUAUCAGAGGAGCCGACACCAGCUCGAAGAGUCAUGGAUCCGUCGCUGGAGGAUCCAGAUCGUCACGAUCUCUACGAUCCUCGGAAUCCCCUAAAUUUGCGGAAACGCGGUUAUUCUUGCACUUGUAACUGUUUUUUCAUUGGCUUGGUUUAUGAUGCCUUUCUCAUUUUGGUGAUGAUGCGCUACGUGGCGGCCACGCUCCUUGUCUUCCUCCUCUUGGCAGCCUUUACAAAAGCCUCGUUUGGUGAGAAUGUUCACUCCGGCGAAGCUUCGGAAAGCCAUUCUCACGCUCAUGGCCAUCCUCAUGAUCAGCAUCGGGAUCAUCUUCAUGAGUAUGAUCAUCCUCACGAACAUUACGAUAUCAAAUCUCGUUCCAGUCAAAUAUGGAUGGAUACGGUUGGUGCGGUUGUGGGCAUCAGUUUAGCACCCUUCAUUCUUCUUUUUCUCGUUCCUGAUCUCAACAAACAUCGUGAGCUGCUCAAGAUCCUUCUCGGAUUUGCGGCAGGCGGGCUCCUUGGUGAUGCUUUCCUCCAUCUCAUCCCCCACGCCCUCUCUCACGCCCACGGCCAUAACCACAACGAAAACCAUCACGACGCUCAUGGUCACUCACACUCCCUGGGGGACAGAAAUACAUGUGUCUUCCUCUGCGUUAUCGGUGGGAUUUUCGUCUUUUUGUGUAUUGACAAGUCUCUCCGUUUCGUGCGAAGUGGUCGUGACCACUCUCAUAGCUCGCUUGUUAGUGAGAAUGAUGGUAAGAAGCAGAAAAACGCCAAAGCAGGGAAUAGCAAUGGCGGUGCUUCGGUCUCCAAUGGCCCUAGCAAGAACAAGACUAAAAGCAGGCCAGGUAUGAACACAGCUGGAUAUCUGAAUCUCGCCGCAGAUUUCACGCACAAUGUCACCGAUGGCAUCGCAAUCGCUGGAUCUUUCCUGAUAAGCCGUAACGUGGGCUACGUUACCACUCUGACUGUGCUUAUCCACGAAUUGCCUCACGAAAUCGGUGACUACGCGAUUCUUAUUAAGUCUGGCUGUGGGGUUCAUCGGGCUAUGCUACUGCAGCUCGUUACAGCUCUGGGCGCACUCCUCGGUGCUGGCUUAAGUCUUCUCGCAGCUGGCGUCGGAGCGGAUAGCAGAGAGUCUACCACCAGUUUCGUUCUUUCGCCGGAGCUCAUUACUACCUGCUUGCUGCCCUUCACCGCGGGUGGGUUUAUCUACAUUGCGUUGGCCUCCGUAUUGCCCGAUCUGCUCGCUGACCAUCAGACUGGCGAGCGUCGGCCAGCCGCCAAGGUGGCUCGGCGAAUCGGACAGGCUGCGGCUGAACUCACAGCUGUGAUCCUUGGUAUUGCGUUGAUGGCAGUGAUUGGUCUGUUUGAAUGA